AUGGACGAACCUUGUCCAUAUCAAUGCAACUAUAAAAUUGGGCCAUCAUCUAUGGUUCUUUAUAAUAAUGCACUGCAUUUCGUAACUUCGUUGAAAAAUAUAAUUGGGUUUGAACUUGGUAGCGAAAAGUUUUAUGAAGUACCACUGCCUAGUGAUCCACUAGUUGUUCGUUAUCAACCAAUCGAGUUGGCUAGUUUAAGGGGGUGCUUGCAUUUGGUAAGAUUAACGGAGAUAUGGAUUAUGAAGGAAUAUGGCGUACAAGAAUCUUGGACAAAGUUGUUUCGCUUCUCAGAUGCAAAUGAAAAUGGAUUAUUUGAUCGUAAAAUUUUGGGGCAAAGAAGGAUAAUGCCUUAUGCUUAUUCGGAGGAUGGAAGGGAAAUUCUAGUAGCUUUAGAUAUACGUGAUAACAAGAUUCUUCAUUUGGAUCUACAAAGUCGAGAGUUCAAGAAGCUCGAAAUUUCUGGUUUACCCAAAGAUUGGACCUAUUGGGCACGUUUUGGUUAUGCCAUGCCAUGGGUUGGUUCCUUUGUUCAUCCUUCAUAA